AUGAACUCAAAACAUCCUUCAAGUGGUGCUGGCACGGUCGAUGUUCCCUCGAAAUUGGAUUUAUCCCUUAAGGAACUUGAAACCGCUCUGGAUAAGUCUGUCACUCCCAUCCAGUCUGUAGACAAAGAUUCAUACGAACCAACAAUGACUCAAGAUCAAGUACGCGAAUUUUACAGACAGUUCCGUAUUAAUGAUCCCGGAUUUUCGGUUAAGUGCAGUACCGGAGAUGGUACCGAGCUUGGUGAUAUCCUUGAUGGUAUAGUAUAUGAAGCGGGUGAAGAUCAACGUAAUUGGAGAUCCACUCAAAAGUUCGACCAAGACAUCCAUGACGCUGGUGGCACCAUCGAAGUGGAUGGGCAAAAGUACGAGAAAAGAACUUUGACCAAUAGCGAGCUUGACAUGUCUCGAUUAGCUUAUUUCACUCGCACCGAGAGGAAGAUGAUUGAAGGAGAUCAUUCCAGGGGAUGGACCAGCUUGUCUGGGUAUCCCAUUGACACACUUAAUGAGUACCAUGAGCUUCUCCGCAAGAAGGUUGCCCCGGCGGACACCGAAUUGUGGGUACACAUGACGGGGUGGGAGCUCGAACCCUCCGCCCUCAGCGCCACAGAGGAGGGACAAGCCAAAAUCGUCGAUGAAUCUGGUACCUCUGCCUGA